ACUGUUUUGCGGAUUUUGUUGCGUUUUUUUUCAAUAACUUUAUCAACUGGCUUUGGGUGCGCUGCACAAAACCGAGGAGAAAUAAUGGGUGAUGUCGACAAAUGGAUAGAGAUUGUAAAGGAUUGCAAGUAUUUGCCCGAAAAUGAAUUGAAAAAACUCUGUGAUAUGGUCUGCGACAUACUGUUGGAGGAGACAAACAUACAGCCAGUUAGCACGCCCGUCACAGUAUGUGGCGACAUACACGGCCAGUUCUACGAUCUGGAGCAGCUAUUUCGAACUGGCGGCCAGGUGCCCGACACGAAUUACAUAUUCAUGGGCGAUUUUGUCGAUCGGGGCUAUUACAGCCUGGAGACAUUCACCCGUCUGCUGACGCUCAAGGCCCGCUAUCCCAGCCGCAUAACAUUGCUGCGGGGCAACCAUGAGACGCGCCAGAUAACAAAGGUUUAUGGUUUCUUUGACGAAUGCUUUAGCAAAUAUGGCAAUGCGAAUGGCUGGAAAUACUGUUGCAAGGUAUUCGAUCUGCUCACAAUCGCUGCGAUCAUUGACGAGAGCGUACUGUGCGUGCACGGCGGUCUCAGUCCGGAGAUUAUAACGCUAGAUCAAAUACGAACAAUCGAACGCAAUGGUGAGAUACCCUAUAAGGGCGCCUUCUGUGAUCUGGUCUGGUCCGACCCGGAGGACAUGGAAUACUGGGGCCAGAGUCCGCGUGGCGCUGGCUGGCUGUUUGGCCAUAAUGUGACCAAAGACUUUAUGAACAUUAACAAUCUGGACUUGAUAUGUCGAGCACACCAGCUGGUCAACGAGGGCAUCAAGUACAUGUUCGAGGGCAAACUUGUUACUGUUUGGUCCGCGCCCAACUAUUGUUAUCGUUGUGGCAAUGUGGCGGCCAUACUCAGCUUCGAUACGGCGAAACAGAGGCAAACGCAAAUCUUUCUGGCCGUGCCAGACUCGGAGCGUGUCAUACCCAAACAGAAUACGACGCCUUAUUUCUUGUGAAGCUCGCAAGCACCGCAAUCAAAACAAACCAUCCAACGACCUACCGCCACGUCCGACCGAGCGCCCGCCGCCAGUCAACUGACGUUCGCACUGCCAGCGACCAAUUUGUUUGAAUUCAACAGCCGCGAAAUCGGCUAACGCCAGCAGAGAAACCAAAACGUAAACACACACACACACACAAUACCUAUGCACACACAAGCUUGUAAACACCAUAAUUCAGCACUUAGAGAGAGAGAAUUGUAUUCAUUAUUAUGCUCAAAAGAUUUGUUCAACCUUGUAUUUUGUUUUCC